AUGUCUAGACCGCAGCAUCGCAAGUCUCAGUCGACAUCUGCGCUCUCCAUCAUCGCGUCGAGUCCGGCCCGCCCGAGUCGGAUGGCAAGAGAGAAGGCGAGGGGUGGAUUGGAGCGCGUCGAGGAGGCACCAACGUCCAGUCCGAGAGAGUCGGUCGUGGCGCGUCGAGGCAGCCAUGACAGACCGGAGACCAGUGCAUCUAUGUCUGGCGGUACUCCACGGGGGACGUCCGCUGCUUCGGGCCGGCGGAAGGCGGUGGACGUCACAGAUGUCAAGGGUUGGAUGAACGAGAUACUGUCGAUGCCUACCUCUGGAUCAAGACGUACGACCAUACUCAGACAUUUUGAAGAGACCCUGUUGAGGUGUUGUCUGGGGAAUGAAGUGGAUGGAAUCCACCUGGCAGAUCUCUUGGGACUGUACCUACAUGCGAACCUCCUCAUCCUCCUGACUCGACAUACCCAGCUAUUGACCGCUCGAGCGCAAUCACAUUCCUCUCUGCAUGCAACGGACGAAGUCGCUAUCGCCCUCGUCCCAGAACUCACGUCGGUAUUUGGCCUGCUACAGGGGCUUUGCCUUCUAAGUGCGAGCUGUAAGGCCGCAUGCGCGGAAGCAUGGACCAUCGAGAUGUUGAUCGAUCUCUUACUGCUACUCCGGUCAAUUCCGGUCAAGGACGGGAACGAUCCGGAGAGCCGACCUGUCGUGUACUUCAUCCUGGAGCUACUCUUCUGUAUCCUCGUCGACUCACCAGAGUACUCGAGGGUAUUUGAAAGGCUAUCUGGACUCGAGGCGGUCACUCGCGUGUUGAAGGGAUCAAGCGUGUCGAAGGAGGUCCGUAUGAAGUGCAUCGAGUUCCUCUAUUUCUACCUUCUUCCGGAACAUCAAUCCCGCUCGCUAUCCUCUUCUACCCGCUCAGUCUCCACCGCGACCUCGAGAUCUACCUCUUCCUCCGAUUCGCUCUACCCCCCAUCCCCCCUCGACCGCUCCUCCUAUGCUAAGGAAUCUCCCACAAUCGUCCACCCUUCCCGCUCGCCAAAUCCUACCGGCGAUCUAGAUCUCCACUUUGUUCCCCAAACCCCUCGCAAAAAGGUCACACCCAACCUCGGCUAUCUCACACCUAGCAGCCGGCGCGGCUCGGGCGGGGCCAGUGCAAAGAGCACGCCCGCGCUGCAGACGGUCCCCGCAUCGCCGAUCGAUCGGGGAGGUUCCACUCCAAAAGCAAACAGGCGGAUGAGUGGCGAUGCGGAAGUCGGCCUGGGGUUGGGGUUGCCAAAUACGAGCGCGGGCGCAGGAGGGAUCAAGCGAGACGUCACUGCGAUUCAUCUUGGCUCGCUUGUCGCGUCUCCUGAGCCAGUCAGCCCCCGGCAUCGUCAAGCGGACGGUCGGGCCCCACGCUCGCCGACAUCAUCCGGAAAGAUGUCUCGGUCGUCAACCCAGCCCAACAUCUCUGUACUCCACUCGAGCCAGCGGCAGGCGCAUUCUCGAACAUCUUCGCAACUAUCCUCACACACCGACUCCCCCUCCUCACUCCCUCCUGCGCCUCAUGCACCGCGUAUCCCGGAACCAAAAUCACCACGUUUGGGACACUCCCGGACCUCUUCACAUCUCUCCGCUCUCGCCCCAGACCCUCCUAGCGGUCUCAGCCGUUCACCAUCCGCCCUCCUCGUCCCUUCUGCGUCACACUCGCGCGUUCCCUCCGCCGAGGGCGUGGGCAUGGAGCGCACCCCAUCGAAAGCCCGGCGAGCGUUCCCCUCGGAGCUCACGCGGGGCUUGUUACCAAUGCCCACAUCGUCUCCGAAGCCUACUCCGCUAGGUAACUCUCGGCGCUUACCAUCGAGGUCGGAGCGGUCGGCAUCUUCAAUCGCUCCAGCCUCGAGUGGGCAAGGCCAGGCGGGACCGGACGGAGCAGUGAGGACGGUGGAGGAGAAGAAGGAGCUGUUGGGGCAGUGGUUGGGCAAUGUCGAUGCGCUGGUGAGCGGGGUGGAGGGUGUGGGGUGGUGGGGCGCUCAAGGAAGGGAGAGAUAG